AUCAGUGGGGAAAAAAAACUUCUUGCUCUGAACUUUGUUGUGGCGGUUUGGGGCUUCUCCAGAUGCGGUUUGAUCGGCGAUGGGGUUUCCCAUCUCCCCCACAAUCACGAAGCCGUGGACGUCUCUCAUGCAUGAAAUCUUGCCUAAAUCUAGGUAAUGUUGCGGUUAGGAUUCAAAUUCCCUACCCAAAUCAAAACCCAGUUCUAGAGCAACUGCAUGUUCAAAUCAAAUGGUUCUCUUUCUCGGGUCCUUCCUUUUUAUGCUUUUGGUUUUUAGUGUUUAUUCAUAAUUAGUUUUAUAAUCAUUCAAUUAACAGACAUAGCGAACUAACCAUUUGACCCCAAUAACUCGAGUUGUUGGAAAAGAGUUUAUUAAGCAUUUUUUUUAUCUCUCACACGCCCCCUCAAACGAAAUCCUACAUUUUUUGGAGUUUCUUUUACGAACAUAGGUUGGACAUACCAUUCCUUGUACUAAACCAUUGUUUAUAUUGGGGGUCAUAAUGAUGAUUCAAAACCAUGAUUUUUUGGUUCUAGACUCUGAUACCAUGUUAGCAAACUAACCACUUGCCCCCUAAUAACUUGAGUUGUUGGGAAAGAGACUUAAGCCUAUGUCGACCAGGUCAUUGGUUUUUAUGUCGGUGACGUGGCGGUUGCUCGUGAACAAGGGAAAUUGAGUCUAGUUUUUUUUUUGUCAUAGAUAGAUCGUAAUAGAUAGGGUGUUACAAUGCGUUGAAAAUGAAAGAGCGGUAGUCAACCAAAAGGGUUGCUACCGAGUACCGAUGCAAGGGCUGGGAAUGCCACACAAUGGGCAACCAUGUUAGUAUGCCUAAAAACAUAAAAAAACAAAUAAACCCAAAGGAAGUCUUCUUGCGGCAAACUUCUUGAAGCACCAAUUUGGCGAGUACGAACUUCACAUCUCCUAUAAGCCGAGUUCCAAUAGACUACAUAUAGAUUUGAUGUGCAAGAUACCUGCAAAAGAGAAACACAUAAUUGACCCCUUUAAGGACAAAACGAAAAUCAAAUACCAUCGGAUCUCCACUAAAGAUGCUCUACAAGUCAUAUGAGCUACUGCAUCUAAAUGCGCUUAGAACCCGCGUUUAGAAUGGUGACAACCGCAGUGGAAUUGAAACCGUUCAAAGCAUUAUCGUGGGGUGUAACUGCACCACCGUAGAUUCACUGUCCGCCGAAAAACUUGUCAUCAUUGGAAAGACCCGUUCACCGCCAGGCUGAAGCUACUUUAAAGCCCUACAAAAAGUUAGUAAAAGAAAUCAUGGCUGGAGGCUAGUCCAGGAUCGAAACGUAUGAUGGCGUUGGGCAGCGAGAACUGCUAGAGCUCACUAUAGAUGGGGAUCCAAUUGACCGACACCAUCGCUGCGGAAGAUCUUGGUAAGAGAUGGAAGGGCGAAUGCUCCUCGCUCAUGGCCGGUGAUCAUAUCGCCUUCCGCGGAUUGCUAAUCCCAUUUCCAAUCAAUUUCUACCCCAUCUCCCAUAUCCAACUCGUCGAAUCUCUCGCCCCCGCCGCCUCCUCCCUCAGAUCUGCACACCCCUGCAUCCGCUCCCGCUCCGAGUCCGACUGGAAUAAUCCUCCGCUGCUCCGACUGUCCGGCUGUUUCUUUUCUCAUUCUCUCUCCCUGAAGCAACUUCCAUCUCAUUCGAUUGCGCAUGUGUCGGCCACACCAGCGCCAGCCUUGGCCUCAUCCGCAACCGCCUCGCCAUGAUAAGUCAUAUUUUUUUUAAAAUAAUUAAACAAAAUGUAUAUAUCCAUGGUGGAUCAAACCCGUGUGCUUUAAAAGACAGGGAAAUUGAGUCUAGUUGGGCGUCUCUUCUUUCCCAACCCAUUUUCGAGGGAAAAUCGGCAGACCAUAGUUAAUGCAAUGUGGCUCUAUACUUCUCCAAUCAUCGUUAGGGAGGCUCCCAUUGUUAGAAUACUUCGCCGUACACCCUGUGUCAUAACUUGGGCAGCCCAUUAGUACGAUAUUGUCCUCUCUGGGCCAAGCCCGCAUGGUUUUACUCUUGGGUGUCCUCCCCAAAAGGCCUCGUACUAAUUGGGAUAGGUGGACACUGAUAUACAAGGGUUCCUUCCCUUGUAUUUCCGAGGUGGUACUUGGAUUGUACCCUAACAAUCCUCCCCUCAAGACAAGGACCACGGACUUCGUGUCCUCUUCUUAGCAAUUAUCUUGAUCCGCCAAACACCUUGUAUCGAUGAGCUUCUCUGUACAAGUAUUUUCUCAAACGUGGAUCUCUCCUAGAUCCACCAGUAGGGCUGGGAAACGGUGCGGUCUAGUCUAGACCAUAUAUACGGUCUAUGGUCCAGACCGAGAGCCUAAAGUAUAGACCACAGACCAGACCACAGACUAUACAGUCCGGUCCAGACCACGCUUGUGCGGUCUGGUUCGGUCUAGUCUGGUCCAGAUAGACCACACUCAACGAAAAAUGAAUAAUUUGUUUAGUCGGCCACACAAAAAAUUGAACCAAUAACCAAGAAAAAUAAUUGUUAUUUUCCUUAAAACAUUAAUCCUAACAUGCAUGAAAAUUUUUGAUACUCUUAAUCUUAGUAUAUAACAAAGAUACAAAGUAAAAACAUCACAGCUUGCACCAUAACGUCAUAAACAUUAACAUAAUGUCAUAUGGAGACACUAUUAUCUCUACUCUCUGGUUAAAUGUGGUUGUGAAUGAAGGAGGGAAGAGAUUCACAAAAUUAAGGUUGAGACUUGGGUGUCGUUGUGGGAGUUUGGAGAGUGGUCGAAUGGGCUGUUAACAAGUAUUGACAAGUCAGUUGGGUCCACGGUUUGGUCCGGUAAAUCGCGGUCUAGACCAGACCAGAUUAAGAGAUCAAAUCAUAAAAUAAUACAGACCAUGGACCAGACCAGACCAUACUUCACGGUCUACGGUCCGGACCAAACUGUGCGGUACGGUUUGGACCACGGUUUUUCUAACGGUCUGUUCUAUUUUCCCAGCCCUAUCCACCAGACAGACGCAGACCUCCCUUGAUCCGCCAAACCAUAUGUGAAUCUCAAAUCCCGAGAUCACCGAACGAGGAUCCACCGAACUGACGUCCACCACCCUGGAUCCGCCGAACCAGACUCUGAUACCACUUGUCGAAACUGGGACCCUCAAUUAGUACGAUAUUGUCCGUUUUGGACCAAGCCCGCACGGAUUUACUUUUAAGUUUCCUCCCGAAAAGGCCUCGUACUAAUGAGCUUGGUGGACACUUAUAUACACGGGUUCCUUCCCUUGUAUUUUCGAUGUGGUACUUGGAUUGUCCCACAACAAUCCUCCCCUCAAGACAAUCCAAGUACCACAUCGGUAAUACAAGGGAAGGAACUCUUGUAUAUUAGUGUUUUUUAGACAUACAAACAUGGUGGACAAAAAUGACAAACUAGACCAAAAAUUCAUACAAAUUGGAAAAACACACGGGUUGACUUUGGAGGCUUUAUCCCUAUAUAGAGGGAUCUGUCUCAAAGUCAACCCGGUUGUUUUUUAGACAUACAAACAUUACGAACAUUGUGGACAAAAAUGACAAACUAGACCGACAAUCCAUACGAACUAGAAAAAACACUCGGGUUGACUUUGGAGGCUCCAUCCCUAUAUAGAGGAGUUCCAUCCAAAAGUCAAACAGGUUGUUUUUUAGACAUAAAAAACAUUACAAACAUGGUUGACAAAAAUGAUAAACAUGGUGCACAAAAAUAACAAAGUUUACAAACAUUA